UUUUUUUUAAACUGUCUAAGACUAGAAUACCGAUCUAGAAUCUAGAUCUAGACCUAUACUCUAAUAAGUAAUAAUAAUAAUAAUAAUCUUUAUUAUCCAAUGUCUGCAGCUAAUAAGAUAGGAUAGAUAAGUUCUGGAAUAAACUGUUUAUAAUUAUGGAAGAUACAAACUUUAUCCUACAAAGUCUUGGUAUGUCACACUUUGUUCUUCAAGAAGAAAUGAUAUCAAAGGUGCUUAUUGAUGCUGCAUCUAAAAUCCUGAAACAGCCAGGCUACGCUAAUGAUCAGAAGCUAAUAGCCAUGGCUGCUAAACUUAUACCUCACCUAUGUGAGCCACAUUUUUCUGAGGUGUGGCUAGCCCUUUUGCAAAGGCUGUCAAACAUGCCAGAGAAUGAUGAAUUAAACUAUGUUUAUGAUGAAAUCAACAAGAGACAGGCUGAAUUAUUUCCAGAGUCAUCACUUCCUGUAGAACUUUUGUCCUGUUUGUGGCUGACUCAUCUUACUUCUCUUGAGUCAUGUGUACUGAUGGUUGUUAGAAAGAUUUCAGAAAAAUUUUGCUUUCCAAAUGUGAUGCAAAGACUAUUAGAGAAAAGCUGUCUUGUUCAAGUAGCCAGUAAAGAGCCGUUGAUUUAUCAAACUGUCUUCCACAUGCUUCAUUCUUUGCUUAUACAAUCCAACUAUCCGCAGAACUUGUUGGAAUUUAUGGCAUUAUUUUGUCAUACAUCACGCAGUUCAGGGAAUAAUGAAGAUACUGAGAGUCAGUUGACAAUUCUAAGACCUCAAAAUUUUGUUUCUGUAAAGUCCCUCUUCACGUGUUUUAAUAAAAAUUCAUCUCCUAAGACUAUUGGUAAGGUCGUGGCUAAGAUCCAUGAGGCGUUUAUCUUGUGCAGAAAUGAACACGCCAAGUCUAAUGAAAGUCUAGAAAGUCAAAAUAUGGUGUGUGAAGAGUUAUGGAGUUUGACAAUGGAGUUCAGAGACUGUGUGCUAGCUGCAAUCAACUGUUUAUUUCACUGUGAUUUACAGGACUUACAACCAUGUCUUUGGAUUUUACUCAUGCACAGAAGGAUCACUGAAACGAUGUCACAAUACACUGGACAAUGAAUAACUGCAAAGUUUCAACUUGAUCCGAGAAUGGGAAGUACUGGAGAAAUAACAAGUAAAAAAUGUGUACCAGUCAGACAGACGGAUGGAGUGAUUUGAUGUACAGCUUUAAAAACGAAGGAUCAAACAAUAAUUAAAAUGAAUAAAAGAAAAAAUCUUAUUCAUAAGCUCAAGACUCAUUAAUUUAUUGAUAUUCAUUAACAUAUUACAAGAUUUUGUAGGGAAUCUGGCUUUGGAAAUUAGUUUUUAAAUAUGUUGGGAGUAUUCUGGUAUACAUUUUAGCUUUUCAAAUCAUAUUUUUUUUUUCUUUGUAAAGAAAAAAAAAAAGAAAUUUCAUAAUAUUGCAAAAAUGGGAAAAGAGUCAUACCUACAAUUUAUUCUUUUAGAAAAUAAUUAGUAUUCAUGCUCUCGUGUUAACUCUAUUAUUAAUUUAUUAUUGUAAAGGAUUGUUUUCUUUUUGCAUUGCUUUGAUACAGCCUAUUGCUUAUGCUUUAGUAUGCUCAAAGUGCUUUGGUCCAAUCUUUUUGGACGUGUGGCUAAAGGGGAUAUCUGGAAGAAGGUUUCCAUGCUGCCUUUUAGUCACUCAGCAAACACAGUUCAGCUCUAGUCUUAAUUUGAUCUAGACCCUCCAUUGAUAGGUAGCCAGCCAGCUUAUGCUAUUCAGCCACACAUUUAAUAUAAAUUUUUUUUUUUAAAUGUAGUAUAUCAAAGGACUUAGCUGUUGACAUUUAGGUG